UGUUUAUUAAACAGAGGAGGUCAUGGCUUUGUCUCAGAUCCAGUGUCUGGACGACCACCAYGUCAACUGGCGCGUGAGCGAAAGCAAGCCGGAGUUCUUCUACAGCGAGGACCAAAGACUGGCGCUCGAGGCGCUCAUCGCCAAUGGCCGUGAUGAGUUCAGGGACUACGUUCACAAAGCCGGCAUCCGGGAGUUCCUCUCCGAACCCGAGCUGGAGAGCAUCUCGCUGGCGGCGGAGGCCUACCGGCCCGGGUACGAGCAUCUCCAGAGGCCCGAGACGCCAGGCCCGGGAAACUUGACUCCGGGGCCRGGGGAGGACGGAGAGGACGGGGAGGUGUCGCUCGCCUACUGGCCGGACCGGUCCGAGGCCUCGGUGGCGGAGCUGGACCUGGGGUGGCCCGAGGCCAUCUCAUACCGGGGGGUGACGCGGGUGACCGUGUACACACAACCUCCCACCGAGGGCCAAACGCACAUCAAGGAAGUAGUGCGGAAAAGCAUUGCUUCUGCUCAGAAGGUCAUCGCUGUGGUGAUGGACGUGUUUACAGACGUGGAUAUCUUUCGGGACCUUCUGGAYGCGUCCUACAAACGCAGGAUCCCUGUGUACAUCAUCAUCGACAUGGCCGCGGUGCCCAGCUUUCUUUCCAUGUGUGGCAGAGCUGAUAUGCACCGUGGGCACCUAAAGAAUCUGCGAGUGCGCUGCUGCGGAGGCGUGGAGUUCUUCACGAGGUCGGCCCAGAAGGUGCGUGGCUCUCUGAAUGAGAAGUUUCUCCUGGUGGACGGAGACAGAGCCAUCUCUGGUUCCUACAGUUUCACCUGGUCCUCGUCUCGGUUGGACCGUAACCUCAUCACUGUGAUCACGGGGCAGGCAGUGGAGACCUUCGACAUCCAGUUUCAAGGCCUCUACCUCGUGUCCAGAGGCGUGUCCCUCAACAAGGUCCAAAUGGGAGACGAGCCAAUCCCCGACCCGCUCCCUCAGCCAGCUCCUGCUCCCGUCUCAGCUGCGGUGGCCAGGAAGCUCAUCAAUCCCAAAUAUGCGCUUGUUGCCACAGGGACCCACACGAGUCCUGCCCCCUCCGACCAGAACUCCAGCAACAAGAACUCAAACUCCCAGAAUCCCACUGGGCUGAAAAUGCCAAAAGGACGUCUUAAGGGGGUCAUUGAAGAGCCGUCCAUACAUCCCGGGUUACUCAAUCUGGAGAAAGCAAACCUGAUCCCAUACCUGCCCACCUGGCCAGAGCCAGACCCGCCAAGCGAUGUGAUUGGCUUCAUUAAUAUCAGGGAUGACAAAAGGUCCAAUCAGGUUCACUUGCAGAGGUCAGAGAGGUUUGAGGUUAGCCAGGCUAUACGCUUCAGCGCACCACUGACCGUACCAGCCCCGGCUGAGGGACAGGCUUCAAGUCAAGAUGCAAAAGAUGCUCAAACAGCUGUAAAUCCUCCAGUGAACACAAGCCCCGAAACCUCUGCUCCCACAACUCCUACAGAUCAAACUCUCCAACAGGAUAAAGAUCCAAACAAGGACCAAACUGAAUCCACAGAAUCCACUCAGCAGCCCGACACGUCUCCCACACAAGACACACCCAAACCACAUGAAGACACAUCUGCACCACCAUCUGAAGUCCCUGCUGAGCCUACAGACAGUGUUACUCAAACUCCAAAGACUCAACCAGCAGCGCCUCCCGUUCCUAAACGCCGCACGCUGCAGUUAGUCAUAGACCCCGGCUCGUCAGAGCAGCCCAGCGAGGCGCAGGUCACUUUGAUGAAAAUGGACCAACUGGACAGUCUAAGCAAAGAGCCGAAACAGCAGCCGCUGACGCCGACCCKCAGUCGAAUGUUAUCGGCGAGCCACGACAGAGACUCUGGGAGCAACGAGGAGGGCAGCCAGGACAGCACUAAGGUCAUUUGUGACCGAAUGGUCAACGAAGACCCCUCGAGUGUUUCUGCAGGAUCAGAAGAGGAGUUUUACGACUGCUCACCGCAGGAGCCGAGCGGCCCGGUGGUCAACGGGGGGCAGACGGGAUCGGGCCGGGGGCACCGUCUGGGAGAUGGACUCAACAUGAUGGCCCGCUUCUCUCAGAGCAUGCUGGACCUGCGRGAGCCCAUCCACUCAGAGGACAGCGUUUCCCUGAUUCUGCUGUCCCAGCAGCUGCGCAGACAGAGCCACGAAUCCCCACACAAGCACACGGGACAGCUCUUUCAGACCUCACGAUCUCCAGCCCGUGAGACGAGGCCGAGGGGACACAAAGUCAUCAUCGCCAAACCAGGAAGUUACCAUCGCCCUUCCCAUACGGCUGGUCUCGUGAUAGGAGGACACCGUUACUGGCAAAGUCAGGCGGCGCCUACCGGUUCRUCCCACCUUCGCGUCGAGACCCGCUCUGGSCGAUCACCACGGCGCCACAGCCCCRGCUCCAGAAAGACKGACCRUGCUUCACCUCAGCCACCAGCCAACCCAUCGGGGUUUCUCGGAGUGCCUCUUGCGAAACUCAGCAACUUUAGGAAUUUGAAAAUGCGAGGAGGAGCAAAUCAGAAGAAAGUGCCUCAGAAUAAUAAGGCUGUGAGGUAGACCAAUGAGGUACUGGUACAGAAAGGUGUUUGAAUAAUGAACUUCCUGCUUAGAAAUUGGUGAUGCUUCAGUAUGGGAUCCUUUCUGUCUGCUUUCUGAUUUAAAAUCCUGCGGUGCAAUUACUAAAAAAAAAAAAACGGAAAAAAAAACUAUUUAUGAUAAUGAAUUUUACAAGCAACCACGAAAGAGCCUGAGCAGAAAUAACCCGAUAGUAACAUAUCAGAUGAUGUUUGUGUUUACAUACAUGAGAUGCUAUGGAUACUUUGUUUUGUCGAUCAAAAAGGCCCAAUUUCUUGCAAAAGAUCAGUCUUAACAGAUGUGGUACUGUAAAGCCAACCGAGGCRCUUCAGUCCUGUAAACAAUAUUAAGAACAUUUGUCUUCAAAUUACCUCAAUUACCUUCCUGUUUCUUUUUCAGUAAACUUGUCUGUGUUCGACACACACAGUAUUUGAGAUAUGCAGUCCUCUGUCUACUUAGUGAUACUGAUCAGACUUUAGAACUGAUAGCACUGUGACUGGUGACAGUUUGUAAAAGGAUGGGGCUUUCAUGACCAUUACUGUACCCAUCAGAGUGAGUAAAUGUAGAACUACCAAAUGUUAAAAGCUGUCAUGGGACCAAAUCUGAAUGUUUUAAAUAAAAAGAUGAACUGUUGCUGAA